AUGCCCAAUCCCAUCCGCAUCCCCAUCAUCAAUCCCAGACCCCGCAACUGUCGCAGCCCGCCCCGCUCGCCAAUAUACUCGAUCCCGCCCUCGAGCAGACUUCCCCAGCUGGCCCGGAGCAUGACCAUGACCAUGAUGAUGACGAUCACGACGAGGGCGACCCACGAUGGUGCUCAUGGUACCCCAGGGUCUGGGAAAUCGCCUGCCGAUCUGAAGCGCCCCAGAGCCUGCGAUUCUUGCCGUGGACUAAAAGUCCGAUGCGACCAAGAGCGACCAGACGUCUCGUGUCGACGAUGCGCCAAAGCAGGCCGGGCGUGCAUCACAACUCCGCCGACACGCAAGCGCCAGAAAAAAGCCGACAGUCGCGUAGCCGAGCUGGAGCGGAAGAUUGAUGCCUUGACUGCGACUCUACAUGCGCAAAAGGCCGGGGGCCAGGACGUUGGCCAUCAUGGAGGCAUUCCACAGCACGAGGCCAGUACAAAUGCGAUACCAAUGGCACCCGACAGUGCCUACCGUCUUGGUUCCCUCAGUCAUGAGUGGUCCAACUCUGUACCCAACAGAUAUCCAGACAUUCCGCCAGGCUAUGGCCCGGCGCAGAACAUCCAGCGCGGUCCCGAGUCGAAGCGGAGGAAGCUUGAGACAACCCACGCUACGAUUCCGGAAGACAUGGAUGCUAUUCAUCGCGACUUGGCAGAACAUCCUGAGAUGAGGCGAACAGGGCACAGCAAGAUUUACCCCGACCAUUCGCACAUCAAUGGUCUGAUUGAUCAGCUCAUGUCGCCAGAAACCGCGGAACGUGUCUUUUUCCGCUAUGUGAACGACAUCUGUCCGCACUUCCCCGCCGUGCCCUUUCCCCCAGGCACCACGGCUCGUGAAGUCCGCGAGAAGAAGCCGCUUCUCUUUCUCUCAGUCUUGGCAGGGUCUUCGCAUGGAAGUGCUGAGCAUCUGGUAUCGCAAGAGACUCAACGAGAGUUGACCAAGCUCCUCAAGGACCAGCUCGCCGACAUCAUCUGGCGAAAUGGAGAGAAAUCACUCGAGAUUGUUCAGGCACUGCACAUUGCCGUGCUUUGGUAUCGCCCACCCCUCCAUUUCGAACAACACAAUUUUUACAUGAUGGUCAAUUGCGCCGCUGUCAUGGCCCUUGACCUCGGGCUUGGCAGAAAAGCAACCCCCAAUGUCAUGAAGCUCUCAGUCGGUCCCUUCAAGAGGUACCAUCCCAACUCCAGCAGCAUCGAAGCCCGGAGAACCUUCCUUGUGUGCUAUUAUCUUUGCAUGAGCAUCACCAUGGUCCUGCGCCGACCGAUCCUCUUGCGCUGGACAAACUACAUGGCCGAUAGUGUCCGUAUCCUCGAGAGUUCGCCUGAAGCACUUCCAUCAGACAAGCUGCUGUGCCAACAAGUCAAAAUGGCGCACAUUGGCGAGAAGAUAUCCGUUGAAUUCUGCAUGGAUGACCCUUCGGUUGAAGUUGCCAUCUCCGACCCUAAGGUCAUCUAUGCCUUGAAGAUAUUCGAAAAUGAGCUUAGCCAGCUCCGAGAGGAGAACAUGACCAUAGGCGAUCUUGAUCCUACACUUCGACUGUCAGAGCAUGUUACAAAUCUUUACUUGCACGAAAUAGCGCUUCAUCAGAAUCAGGGCUCUGCUGAUCUACAACCGCCGUACAUCUCAGAUUCGCUAUCGUUAUCGCCGUCAUUAUCUUCGGGUGUCAAGAAGGAUGCACCCGUCGGUCCAGCGCAUAUCGGUGCCCUUGGAGACUGUCUCGCGGCUACACAUGGCAUAUUGGAUACCAUCUUAAGUAUCCAACUCGAUAUCCUUUUGACUCUUCCAGUCAUCUUCUGUAAGUCGGCUUGA